UUAUUGCAAUAUAAACAUAAAUAACAUAGAUUAAUAUGAAUAAUAUAUGUUUUUAAUUUUUACCGAUAACAGAUUAAAAGGAUGUUUUCUCAUUUAUUUUAGUUAACUUAUCGACUGGAUAGAAAUGUCACAAUCUUAACCUUCUCCGCUUCGGCAAGUGUUGGUCAGUGUUAAUUUUCACAGUUGUCAUUGUUUACCAGGUGCAAGAAGCGGAGCUAGUGUGAAUACGAACUAACAAGUUAACAAAAAUGAGAUUCAGAUUUCUCGGCGAUGGCGAUUGUCCAGACUGGUUGCUGGCGGAAAUUAAUACGCUUUCACGAAUGACUUCAAUUAAAAUGAAAAUGCUAGGUCAAGCAGUGGCUAAAUAUUUGACCGAAGGGGAACUUGAUGAGGAAAAAGUAAAAAAAAUCACGCAAGACACCAAACUUGAUGUAAGCGACGCGAAGGCAAUGGUAGCUGCCCUCGAAUUAAUAUUCACGUCUUCCGCCCGAUAUGGCGUUUCCGCCGCUGACUUGAGCAGCGAACUGCAACAAUUGGGACUUCCACGAGAACAUAGUACAGCUGUAGCGAGGCUUCAUACAGAUCACUGUUCCCAAAUCACGAUUGUUCUUUCAUCUCAAUCUUUAAGAGUCAAUCGCUUAUCCUCUAUCGAAGUUCUACCUUGCGACAGCUCGUCGCCUGUUUCUGCCAUAACAUUAAAACUGAAGAAAAUAGAUGGAAAAGAGGAAGAUACCACUAUAAAUAUAUCUAAAGAUGAUGUGCAAAUGUUAUUAAAGGAAUUGAAAAGAGCACGUGCGCUAAUGGAAAAUCUGUGAAAUAUUAAAUAGAAUAACAAUAGUUGCAUUAUUUUGCCCUUCUAAUUUCUGUUUCCUAAAUUGAUCAGAGGAAUUGAGGAAAAUCAAGCGCAGAUUAAGCUGAUCAUCGAAUAAUUUACUUUUAUUCUCUUAGUAAAUGAAUAUACAAAGUUUACAUUUAGUUUAGUGGUUUAUAUGAUGCAUUGAAUAAUAUUGAUACGUUAUGACGAUAAUAAUGUCGCAGUUAAUAAUCACGCUUGUCAUUCUUCCCUCUGCCUUUGUUGCGUUUAUACACGUAUUUGAGCACGAUGUGUUCAAAGAGAACAUAUUGAAUCUAAAGUAUCGAAGUUAAAGCGUGCGCAAAGAAUAAUGCAGAAUCAUUCAAAAUUCGAAUUUUCCAUCCAUAUAUUAAUCUUCAUUCUUUUACUUUUUUUCGAUCCGCUGUGAGGCCGCAUUUCGAAGAUACACAUCCAAUUGAACGAAAUCAUGAUGAUAUGAAGAAACGAACAUUUUGUAGACGAAGGGAGGAGAAAACAUGUUUAAAUAAACAAAAA